AUGGAAACCUGUUUCUAUUGCAAGCAGGGUCUGAAGACUCGAGUGGUGAAGGACGCUAGCGCCAGGCGCUCAAACCAGGCAGGACUCAAUGACGUCCUCCACUGCGGCCCGAACCUCCUUCAAGAAAUCACGAAAGUCAUCCUGAAAUUCCGUCAGUACCGGUUCGCAUUCACCGCGGAUAUUGAGAAGGCCUUCUUGCAAUUCAGGAUUGCGGACAGCGACAAAACCUUUCUGAGUUUUCUCUGGCCGUUGAAUAUCAGCGAGGAUAAAUCAGCCAAAAUUCGGGGGUUCUGGGCGACCAGGUUGGACUUCGGUCUAAUUUGCUCGCCAUUCCUUCAUUGCCAGGGAAUCAGAUUCCACCUAGAAUCAUCUUUCGCUCAUCACCCAGAGGACCGUCAGUUCAUCGAGGUAAUUCGAGACAAUUUCUACAUGGAUGACGUCAUCGGAGGUGCGAAUUCCUUCGAUGAAGCGAAGCACCGAAUACAAGUCCUCACAGACAUCUUCACCGAUGGGCACUUCCCGUUGGAUAAGUGGUCAGCGAACUCCACCGAGAUCGGAGAAUUUAUCGAACGCAUGUCGCCGGUCAAGGACCUGACCAUCUCGAUCGGCCAGGCCAACCACAAAACCCUGGGCGUUCCAUGGAAUCAAGUUCAGGAUGAACUUGGCACCCCAACAUCGAAAGCCCUCAGAGAACUCACCACAGGAGUCCCACCAAAGAGGAAGCUCCUCAGAGCGACAGCUCAAAUCGUCGAUCCACUGGGUAUCAUUAGCCCAAUCAUCGGCCCCGUGAAAUCACAAUUCCAAGAGCUAUGGGAAAAGAAAAUCGGUUGGGACGAGGCCUUGAAAGGGAAUCUACUAAAACAGGACGGGAAUUUCUCGAAGCUACUUAGCCAGGCUGAGGGUAUUGCCAUUCCCCGACACAUGCUUUCCUCACAGGGCACCUCAGCCAGGAAGGAACUUUUCAUGUUCUCCGAUGCGAGCUUGCGGGGGUGCGGAAUCGUUGCGUACAUUCGAGAGCAACAUGGUACAGCCCCGCCCUCAGUCUCGUUCGUACUUUCGAAAUCGAAGAUCGCCCCCGUGGAGGCAUUCACCAUUCACAGAUUGGAGUUACUCGGAGCGCUUCUCGCAGCUAGGAUGGCGGAGAGAAUUCUCGAAUGGCUCGACUUCAAAAUCGAGGCCGUCAUUACUUCUGCGACAACUCACAAUCAGCAGUUCUUGGCUGGGUUGCCUCGAAUCCGGUAA